AUUUGCUGUGUUUUGCUCUCUGUAUAGGGGUGAAGAAAACAGGUGGCCAAGAUGUCUGACAAAAAGAUGACAUCGAGUCGCAGGCACCAUCUCAAGAGUUUGGUGCUCAGCAUUGCGAAGGGCAUUAUGGAGAAAGAAGUCAUUCAGGUUAAGGUAGAUAAGGAGAAAUACCUGUCAGAAAACUGCCCUCCUCUGUCCAUGCCCGGAUCUACACAGGAACUGCAGGAGCUGUGCAAGAAGCUUCACCAGCAAAUCGACAAUGCUGAUGAGGAGAGAUAUGACUUGGAGUCCAAAGUGGGCAAGGCCAGCAAAGAGAUCGAGGAUCUGAAGAUCAAGGUGGUCGACCUGCAGGGUAAGUUCAAGAAACCUGCGCUGAAGAAAGUGCGUCUGUCUGCCGAUCAGAUGCUUCAAGCUCUGCUGGGCUCCAAGCACAAGGUGUCUCUGGAUCUGAGGUCCAACCUCAAACAAGUCAAGAAGGAGGUCAAAGAGGAGACUGCAGAUGUCGGCGACUGGCGUAAGAACGUUGAAGACAAGGCCGGUAUGGACGGCAGGAAGAAGAUGUUCGAGGGCGAGGCCUAAAUUCCCGGACGUUUCUUUGUUUAAUUAUCAUAGGAAUUUGUCAGAGCUGCGCGGUCAUUUAUCUUUUUGCCAUAGUCUUUUCUGCUUUCAGCGCCUCAGAUGAGCAUUUGUUUCACGCAGUAUGUACGUCCUGAAAGGGAAUUGUGUAUCAUCAUCGCAGAGCCACUACCAUUAAACGAAUGCUUCUGAGGAAAAUCCUUUUUCACGUUUGUUUUAUUACGCACAUUUGGUCCUUUCAUUCUUUUCCAGUCCGCGACUAGUGGUCUGUUAUGACUUUAAUGAAUAAAUACUGUAGUGCUACUA